AUCAACCAGAUAAUGAAUGGCAAAAUCCAGGAACUGACAGUAGGCACACUUGAGGAUCCAGUUACAGAAAAAUAUAAAGCCAUCCAGCAAGAACUUGACAAAUAUUUUAAUGAAGACCCAGAGAGUGAAAUAAUGAUUCAGUGGAAAGCAAGUUUUGAAAAUAAAUUAAUAAAUCUUAAAGAGGCACUUAUUUUUGAGAGCAAAAAUAAAGCCAAGGGACAUCUCAGUUACAAAAAGAAUCAAGAAAUACUGGAUAACAAAAAGUCAGGUUAUGAAAGGGAGUUAUUGGAAAGAAGCCGAGAAUUGGCUUUAACUGUAAAGGAUAAAGAAUUGAGUGAGGAAGAGCUGCAUGUCAAAUUCAAUCAACUUUGGAAAAAAUGGGUCUGUGAUGUGUCUUCAACUGCCCCUCCUGGCACAGAGCCUAACAUUGACGUGGAUUCUGAAAACAUCCUUUUGGACUAUUUUAAACAGGACACAGACAUGGUGAAUAUACUGAAGAAAAAGCCUAGAAAGGAGUUUGAAAUCAAUUAUGAAAAACAUGUCAAAAUGAGCAAAAGCUUGUACGUAUUUACGAGGAACUUAGAAGUACAUGAUAAAGAGUCCAUAAAUAGGACUACUAACUGCAUUCUUUCAAGAUACACUGAAACUAUU